AUGCAUCCACUUUGGAGGCUCCUGGUCCUCCUCCGUUUGCUGUCCUUGUCCUCAGCACUGCACAAGCAGCCCUGGCCUGACAUGGCCAAGGCCCACACGAACAGCAAAUCCACCCUGGUGAGAAUUAUUACCCAGGGCCUCACCAUGCACAAUGCAGAGGGCCGAAUCCAGACCAUUUGCCUCCUGGACAGUCUGAAUGCCUCCGGACAAGUGGCCCCAGGGAUGGUGGGCUGGCUAAUCGGCGGUGGCAUGAGCCUCCAGGAGCAGAAAGAAGGCAGUGCCAACAUCACCAACAUUCACCUGGACCAUGGCAGGACCCAGAUGUCUUUCCAUAAGGAGUGGCUCUCAGCAAAAAUCUCACUUGAAUUUGACAUUGACUUGAAACUGAAGCCCUUCAAUAACAAGAUUGCAAAGACACACGCAUGCAUGAACGUCGCUGUGGAGUUCUGGCUGGAGAAAGACGAGUUUGGCCGGAGGGAUCUGGUGAUAGGCAAUUGCCACGUGGAGCCCAGCAGUGUCUACACAACAGUCCUAACAGAAGAUAUCUCAUCAAAGAUGAAACAUUUUCUCCACAAUUUUAGACAAAAUCUGGAAAAAGUUAUCCCACGCCUGAUAGAAGAUCAGGUAUGUCCUCUGAUCAGAGAAAUCCUCAGGCAGCUGGAUGUGAAACUGUUGAAACACCUCAUGGCUGUCAAGAAUGGCCUGCUCUCUGGGGGUCUGUUGGAUAAUGUCAAAAACCUUCCACUCGUGAACAUCCCGAAAACUAUAGGAGAUAAUUCUGGUGGCCUGAUUGGCAAGCUGCUUCAGCAAGUGGUCAAUCCUCUGAGCGACCUCACUGGUAUAGAGAUCACUAAACCCAAACUUCUGGAAAUUGGCCUUGUGUCAAGUGAGGAUGGUCACAGCCUCUUCCUCAACAUCCCUCUGAGCCUCGACAUCAAAUUGCCAUCAACUCAAACCAUCUUCAUUGAACAGUUUAUUAAUAACCUCACCAAUACCUUGACUAAAGACCUUCCUAAGAUGCUGCUGAUUUCGCAAGAGGAUGAUAAAGAUAACAAAAAGGAAGUGUAG